GAGGAGCUUAAAGUCGCAAGAUGGUUGAACCAACCAAGAAGAGAGAAGAAAGUUCAUUCGUUGAUUCCUCAUAUCACGUCCCUGCAACUUCUGCUUAAGUUUUGUUUGAUGUAAAACGCCUGGAGCCGCGAUGACAGAGGAUCCUGCACUUUUUACCCCAGUCACAGUCGUUUCUCUUCUCGCUUGCGCCGCACAGUUUGGCGUCGGUUUGAUUUUGGCGCAAAUCUGCGGCAAGAAAUGUUCAGCAACCGAUAGGUGGGUCCUGGUCUGGUUGUUCUACGAUGCCAUCGUGCACUUCACUCUGGAGGGUUCGUUUGUUUACAUGUCACUGGUCGGAACUGUUGCAACAUCAGAUGGUAUUUUUGCCGAGUUGUGGAAAGAAUACGGGAAGGCAGAUCAGCGCUGGCUUCAUUCAGACCCAACCAUCGUAUCCUUGGAGCUGCUGACUGUCGUCUUGGAUGGGUUUCUAGCACUGGUUUUGGUCUACGCUAUUAUUAAAGACAAGCAUUACAGGCACUUUGUUCAAAUCAGCCUGUGUGUGUGUGAGCUAUAUGGAGGCUGGAUGACCUUCUGCCCAGACUGGCUUAUAGGAAGUCCCAAUCUGAAUACCAAGAAUUGGCUCUACCUCUGGGUCUACCUGGUCUUCUUUAAUGGAGUGUGGGUUGUGGUGCCUGGACUCUUGCUUUGGCAGUCAUGGAAAGAUCUACAGAAAUCACAUCAAUAUAUGAAGAAGAAUAAGAAGAAGUAGAUAUGCAGGUUUGUCUGUUUGUUUAGACAGAAACAUUGAGAGACAGAACAGUGACAGUGAGCAGAUUCAGAAGUGAUUCACUAUAUUGUUUAUUUUUGUGAUUUUUGUCAGAUACUAAUGCUCUUUAUCAAUUGUAAGUGUACCACACAGUGAUUUUUGCACUAAUUACCCAGUCCUAACAGUAAGUGGAUUAUUUGGCAG